AAAGUCCAAUUCAGGUCAGUCCAGCAACUUAAACCUAAAACGCCCUAUGUAAAUUCUACUCCCUCCUUCGGCCGCCUCAUUCAUCCGUUCAUCCAGUCCAGCAACUUAAACCUCACUCAAACCAUCGUGUGUUCUUCCGCCGACCAUCGUCCGCUGAGGUCUAAUCCAAAAGGAUUGAUUAUAUUUGGACCUGAGUAAGGGUUUAAUUGGAGCACUCAAUUGAGAGACGUGUCUCGGCAGAUCUCACCAGGGCGGAGGCUGAAGGCUUAGGACGGCAGCUGCGAUAACAAGUUUACCAACACCAAUAUGGCUAGAGGUUUGAAGAAACACUUAAAGAGGCUCAAUGCCCCAAAGAAUUGGAUGCUUGACAAGCUUGGAGGUGCAUUCGCUCCUAAGCCCUCUUCUGGUCCCCACAAGUCAAGGGAGUGCCUGCCAUUAGUCCUCAUCAUUAGGAACAGGCUCCACUAUGCUCUUACCUACCGUGAGGUUAUUUCCAUUUUGAUGCAACGUCAUGUUAUGGUUGAUGGCAAGGUCAGGACUGAUAAAACAUACCCUGCUGGUUUCAUGGAUGUUAUCUCGAUUCCCAAAACCAAUGAGAACUUCCGCCUGCUGUAUGAUACUAAAGGGCGGUUCCGUCUUCAUUCAAUCAGGGAUGAAGAGGCCAAGUUCAAGCUUUGCAAGGUCCGCUCUGUUCAAUUUGGGAAAAAGGGCAUUCCGUACAUCAACACCUAUGAUGGUCGGACAAUCCGCUACCCUGACCCUCUUAUCAAGGCCAACGACACCAUUAAAUUUGACUUGGAGGGAAACAAAAUCGUCGACUUCAUCAAGUUUGACGUUGGGAAUGUAGUUAUGGUGACGGGUGGAAGAAACAGGGGACGUGUUGGAGUCAUUAAGAGCAGGGAGAAGCAUAAGGGUAGUUUUGAGACUAUUCACAUUCAGGAUGCCCUUGGUCAUGAGUUUGCCACCCGUUUGGGAAAUGUGUUCACCAUUGGGAAGGGUACCAAGCCGUGGGUGUCUCUACCUAAGGGAAAAGGCAUCAAGUUGACCAUCAUAGAAGAAGCCAAGAAGAGGCAAGCUCAGUCAGCAACUACUGCUUGAAAAGUGAAACAGAUAUGGCGUUGCUGUGUUGAUUAGUAUUUCAUUUGAGGUUUUUUGCAACUUAAGACACUGUUUUUUAUAUUAUCUUGCCAAACGUAUUUCUAUUUGCCUUGAGCAACAUUUUUGGCACCCAAGUCUGAGCUGUUUUUAGUUGACAUUUUCUAUAAUCUUAUUUUUCUUAUGUCUGUUUUUUUUAAAUAAAAUCGUUUUUUGGAAAAACAUUUGACUUAUAGUUUCACUCGUUUGGUGAUCGUACCUAACAGUAGCUACAGAGGAACACCUGUCGGCAUGAAAAAGAAUGACUAUUCAAAGUUGUUUUUUAUCACAUUAUAUGAAGGUUCAUGUCUUUUACUC